AUGGGCGUCAGCGGCGACAUCCCAGCGACGAUCGCGGCAGUGCCGAAUCACCGCAACUUCACAACCCGAGGACCAUCUAGGACUCUGUGUAUUCUUCUCGAUGGCACUGGUGACCAGGUGAGAACACGCAUCGCGUCUGAGGAGUUUUGUGUGCUUGCUAAAGCUUGACGCGCCGGAUGCCAGUUCGAUUGCGACAAUUCCAAUGUGGUCAAGCUUUUUGGGGCCCUGAAGAAAGACAGCUCUCAGAAGCUGUACUAUCAGCCAGGCAUCGGCACCUACAGCGGCUCGGGGAAGCUUCAAUCAGGAAUCAGCUCUGCUUCCGACAUGGCUGUUGGCUCUGGUCUUGGCACCCACAUCAAAGAGGCGUACUGUGAGUACCACAUAUCGAGCUGUGCGAUCUGGCGCUGAGAUGCAACCUUGUCGCCUGCCAGCGUUUCUCAUGGGGAAUUACACUGAAGGGGACAAGAUCUGUAUCUUUGGAUUUAGUCGCGGAGCGUACACUGCGAGGGCAUUGACUGGCAUGCUGCUCAAGAUUGGACUGCUUCCUGCCAACAACUCCUCCCAAGUUGCAUUCGCAUACAAGCAGUUCAAGGACGACACACCCACAGGAUGGGAACAGUCCGCGUUGUUCAAGACCACGUUCUGCAUCGACGUGAAGGUGCACUUCCUUGGAUGCUGGGACACUGUCGCGUCGGUCGGCUUCAUUCCUCGCCAGUUGCCCUUCGCGAAGAACAACACCAGUUGCGUUCGCUAUUUCCGUCAUGCGAUGGCCCUCGACGAGCGACGUGCCAAGUUCAAGGUCUCGCAUUGGGAGCAGAGAGCCCAUGAUGUGACACCGAAGCAGAGCAGUCAGAAGGUCACUCUAGACGACACUCCUUCCCUGACUCCUGGUGCGAUGAACGAUCCUCGCAUUGCAGAAAAGCGAGCCGCUAUUGCUCAAGAGCUAGCUAUGAAGCGCAACAGCUCCAUCAGCGCUGCUCGUCGCUUGAGUAGCAUCCAAUUUACGGAGGAGCCUGCCUCGAUCGAGCCAGCGGAGGGCACAAACACUCCCACGAGUAACGGAUCGGGCGAGUUUGGCAGCGUUCAAAAGACCCCUGGAUCACCUUCGCGUCGCAAGAGCUUGCCUCUGGCCUUCCGUCGCAAUUCUCAAGGACCCCAAGGGGAUACCGAAGAGAGACCCAAAAUGACGAAGGCGCAGACUCAAGAGGCAUUGGCUCAGCGGUUCACCAAGGUAUGCUCAAUCGAUUUUGCUUUCUUUAAACCCAAAUCACUGACAAACAAAUUCUUUGACAGCUUGACCAGCGCGAACUUGGCGGGGAGCGCUUCAAGACAGAUGCGCUUGAAGUUUGGUUUGCGGGCGCCCAUGCUGACGUUGGAGGUGCGUAUGAGGAGCUCAGGACUUCAGAGCGGCGUGUCUUCAAGUAGUUGAUCUGCCGGCGUCAUACUCUUACUUGCAGGUGGUGCCGUUGGCAAUGAGACUCGUCACGUAAGUUCAGUGGUUAGACGUACGCGUGAUGUACUCAAAGCUCACACGUGUCCCGGUACAGGCUCUUUCCAACAUCCCUUUGCGCUGGAUGAUCCGCCAAACUUUCGCCUGCGACACCGGCAUUCUGUACAAUGCGGACGUCCUGGCUGAUUACGGCAUGGAUGUUCAUACCUUGUAUCCAACUUUGGUCGAGCGGCCCCGUCCUUUCUGCGGGUGAGUGGCUCACAGGCGCAAGGGAUGGCAGUCGUUGCCGAGCAGCUGACCCACCACUGGUGACUUUUAGGCCGCCUCCUUCAGCAAUUGAUCGCUAUGCCUCUGGCACGCUCCCUUCCCUGGCCGAGCGUCGUAAGUCGAUCCGCAAGUCGCGUGCGGACGCCCUCGCUCGUUUGGAGAACAAUGAUGGCAUCGCGACCUUCAAUGACGGUGUGGGAGAAUUUGCGCCACCAAUCCCCACUCACCAACAGCUGGACACUCCGCACGUUGAAAAGGACCGGUCCCAUUUGCGUAGCAAUUCCUAUGCUGGACUUACCGGCCGAGAGGAAGAUGCGCAGCUUCCUGAAGCUUGGGAAGACUACUUCGACGCGCUGGCACCAAUCAAUGACCAGCUCAAAGACGCCAAGGGCUGGUGGAUUCUUGAAGUCUACCCUACGAAGCACCGCGAGCAGCAGAACGAUGUGAGCGAUGAGCUUAUUGAGCGAGUGAUGCCCUACGAUCUCUCACCUAUUGCUGAAUCCGACUCUCGAUUCCUUGCUUCCGCAGGGCAAGUGGAAGAAAGGUAUGUCGAAACCGGCGUGCUUCGCUGAAAAGUGCGGAGUCCACUCACCUCUCUUUCGACGUUUCACGUUCGCAGUGGUUGGCAUGAACCUUGGUCGCUACCGCACGAUUCGGGAUGAUGAGCCAAAGGUGCACUACUCUGUUAUGCAGCGCAAGCAAGCCCAAGGCUACGAAAUCCGCAACGUCAUAGGCGAAAAUAGCGUCAUUGAGUGGGUCAAAAAGACCCGGCCUUCGAUGCAUACUUGAAUGAGCUGACCCGCUGUUCUGCCUUGUUCAGAUACGUCAUGUGA